CGCAGAGGAGGCUGCGUGCUUGCGCAGCACGCACGGCGCGGGUGGGGCUGGCGACCAGCGGCGGGCGGGCGGCAGAGGCUCGGGGCCUGGUCCCCCAGCACCAUGGCCAAGACGGUGGCGUACUUCUAUGACCCCGACGUGGGCAACUUUCACUAUGGAGCUGGGCACCCUAUGAAGCCGCAUCGGCUAGCCUUGACCCAUAGCCUGGUCCUGCAUUACGGUCUCUAUAAGAAGAUGAUUGUGUUCAAGCCAUAUCAGGCCUCCCAGCAUGACAUGUGCCGCUUCCAUUCUGAGGACUACAUUGACUUCCUGCAGCGUGUCAGCCCCACCAACAUGCAGGGCUUCACCAAGAGCCUUAAUGCCUUCAAUGUGGGCGAUGACUGCCCAGUGUUUCCCGGGCUCUUUGAGUUCUGUUCCCGUUACACAGGCGCAUCUCUGCAAGGAGCAACCCAACUGAACAACAAGAUCUGUGAUAUUGCCAUUAACUGGGCUGGGGGGCUACACCAUGCCAAGAAGUUUGAGGCCUCUGGCUUCUGCUAUGUCAAUGACAUUGUAAUUGGCAUCCUGGAGCUGCUCAAGUACCACCCUCGGGUACUCUACAUUGAUAUUGACAUCCACCAUGGGGAUGGGGUUCAGGAAGCCUUCUACCUCACUGACCGAGUCAUGACUGUGUCCUUCCACAAGUAUGGAAAUUACUUCUUCCCUGGCACAGGUGACAUGUAUGAAGUCGGAGCAGAGAGUGGCCGUUACUACUGUCUGAAUGUGCCCUUACGGGAUGGCAUCGAUGACCAGAGUUACAAGCACCUUUUCCAGCCAGUCAUCAGCCAGGUAGUGGACUUCUACCAACCCACGUGCAUUGUGCUCCAGUGUGGAGCUGACUCUCUCGGCUGUGAUCGAUUAGGUUGCUUCAAUCUCAGCAUACGAGGACAUGGAGAAUGUGUGGAAUAUGUCAAGAGCUUUAAUAUUCCUCUACUGGUACUGGGUGGUGGUGGCUAUACUGUUCGGAAUGUUGCCCGCUGCUGGACAUAUGAGACCUCACUACUGGUAGAAGAGGCCAUCAGUGAGGAGCUUCCCUACAGUGAAUACUUCGAAUACUUUGCCCCGGACUUCACACUCCAUCCAGAUGUCAGCACUCGCAUCGAGAAUCAGAACUCACGCCAGUAUCUGGACCAGAUCCGCCAGACAAUCUUUGAAAACCUGAAGAUGCUGAACCAUGCACCUAGUGUCCAGAUUCAUGAUGUUCCAGCGGACCUCCUGACCUAUGACAGGACUGAUGAAGCUGAUGCAGAGGAGAGAGGUCCUGAGGAAAACUACAGCAGGCCAGAGGCACCCAAUGAAUUCUAUGAUGGAGACCAUGACAACGACAAGGAAAGUGACGUGGAGAUUUAAGAGCAGUGUGGGAUGCUAUGUCCCAAGGAAUUCCUUUUCACUUCUGAUUGGGUGGGAAGGAAAGUAUGACUCCUCCAAUCCUGAACGGGUAGCCCCUGGGGCUUUUAGGAGCUCUGGAGAAGGGUUUGGAGAUCACAUGUGCCCCUAUUUUUUCUCUUUACCACAGCCUGAUGAUGGUACCUAUUAGAGAUAAGACAGGGACAAGGAUAGCCGUCCUAGAACAUUAUGGUCAGUGAGCCCUAGAGGCCAUUCCCCAGCCCAUCUGGAUGGACCCUUAUUUAAUCCUUCCUUCCUUUCAACUCACUUUUAAGGGGAUGAAAAGGUUGACAGGACUGAGGUUGCCUCUGACUUCUUCCUUGGUUCCCCUACAGUUCUUGCUUCUAGGGAAGGUGAACACAGCAUUAGGGGGAGGGGGUUCAGACUCCCUGAUACCCUAAUUGUAGAUGAAAGGCAGUUUUAAGUAGGGGGAGGAUGUAGAAGUGUCCUACUCUAAUUCUGGCUUUAUGUCCAUUUUACCACUGUUUUUAUCAAAUAAACCAAUUGGUAUUUUUUGUACA